GAUUUAGAUAAACCUAAAAUUCCAAAUAUUUGGACUUUUCGGAGCGGGAUCUGAGUGCAGGUGCUUGUGUACACGUUGUCGAACAGCCUCAUUCAACUUGCGUCCCCAUAAUGCCUAGGGUCACAGAUUCCAAGUUCACCUGAAUCUGUCAUGGUAGCUACUCGUCAUGCUAGUUUCACAUCGAUAAAUUUUUAUGUGACAUCUGUUACAGAUGUUUGUUAAAUAGGAACAUGCAUUCUCCAUAUCUUUUCAUUCUUAUUUUAUUUUAGCAAGGUAACAUCGAACAUGCUCUUGCACUCUCCGAAGAAAUGCUUGCAAUCGAUCCUAGUAAUGAACGUGCGCUAGCCAAUAAAGAUUAUUUUGAAUAUAUUCUUCAAAACAGAACAUUGAUCGAACCACAAGCAAUAAAAGAUUUUGAUAGUCCUAAUGAUAGUGAUUCAACAAGUACCACUGUCAAAUCACUACCAUCGCAAAACGAUUUAAUAAACAAGAAGAACUACAAAGUGAAUAAUCAAAGAUUGGGCAAGGAUCUUGAAAAGCUAGAACCUGUUGAAAAACUUUGCCGAGACACGAACACUAAGUUGGAUCCACAUCGUGCAUCUAAAUUAGUCUGUCGAUAUCGUCAUAAUAAUCAUCCAUAUCUACUAUGGAUGCCAAUCAAAGAAGAACAAUUAUUUGACAAGCCAGAAAUCCUUCUUUAUCAUGAUAUUAUUCGAAAUGCUGAUAUCGAUGAAAUUAAAUCUUUGGCGACACCACGAUUACAACGUGCUGUGGUGGUAGUGAACUCCGAAUCUAGUAAACAAGCACCGGUCGACUACAGAAUCAGUAAAAGUACUUGGUUAAAAGAUGAAGACUCACCAGCUGUGGCUCGCCUAUCCCGAUUAAUCAGUGCCACAACAAAUCUCAGUAUGGAAACAGCUGAAUCUCUUCAAAUUGGGAACUAUGGCAUUGGUGGUCACUACGAUGUUCAUGUUGACUUUUCAAGGAAAUCAAACAAAGACACAUUGGAUAGUGAUGGUAAUCGAAUAGCUACGUGGUUGACUUAUCUAAACGAUGUUGAACAGGGCGGUGCAACAGUCUUUACUGAGAUCGGUGUACGUGUCACACCUGAAAAAGGCAGUGCCAUAUUUUGGUAUAAUCUCUAUACAUCUGGCACAGGCGACUAUAGAACUCGACAUGCAGGAUGCCCUGUAAUGAUUGGUAAUAAAUGGGUAGCGAACAAAUGGAUUCAUGAACGAGGUCAAGAAUUUCGACGUCGCUGCUCACUUGAUCCAAUGAUAUGA